AUGCAAGUACUUCUCAGAAUCAGACACAAAAAGUGCGACGAGAAGAUACCUUCGUGCACGCCAUGCAUGGCUACUGGACGAAAAUGUGAUUUUGAGUCGCUGGUUUCCCAGUCCCUCCUGCAACCAUCCCUCAAACCCAAUCACCUCGGCAUGCUCUUGCUCAGCACCAGCGAAGAUUCCGCUCAUUUCGGCUACUUUAUCAACGUCUGCGCCAAAGAUUUCUCGCUCUUCUUUGAGUCUCCAGUCUGGGAGAGUAUCGUCCUGCAAGCUGCGUGCACAGAGCCCUGCAUACGGCACGCUGCGCUCGCAAUUGGUGCCAUGAGCAGGAAUAAUUACGACCGGCACACCCAAUCAUCAGAGCCAGAAGCACGAGAAUAUUCAAUGAAACAGUAUAAUCUUGCUCUUCGGGCGCUCAGUCAUGCUCUUGACCAAGGAACUGGACGCUCGGAGCUGGCUGCCUUGGGGAGUAUUACGUUUAUUGCGUUUGAGGUUCUUUGGGGACAGGAUAUGAGAGUAAAGAUGCAUAUUGAUGCUGCUGUUGCGAUUGUCACGGCUAGGAUGGGUCGUCUCAGAGAUAGUAAAAGUAGCAGUAAUAGUGCCGAGGUGGGAUAUCUUGAUAGUGCUUUAUCUCAACUGGGCGCGCAGUUUUCGUCAUUUAGUACACACAGUGAGAAUUGGAACGGAGAAGGGGGAAUGGCACGCAAUGCAAAACUAUGA